UGGCUGCAGUCGUUCCACCUCCCCCCACUCUCGUGUCCCCGCCUCCUGCACCCCCUGGCCGGCUCAAUGAAGCUUUCUUUUCCCGCGGGUUGGAGGACAGGCAGCUGCUGUCAGGGAGCUGGAUACGCGAGGCCACGGGGCCGCAGACCGGCCCGGGCGGCUGCCCCUGUGGCGGCGGGAGGCCGCGGCUCAGCUUGGGACUACGGGAAGCUUUCCAGGCCUCAGCCCCCAGCCCUUCCCCCAAAGUCCCAGGCUCGGCCGAGGGUAACCAGCCGGGCUGGGGGCGGGUCAUGUCGGAGCACGGGAACCGAGGCCCUGAGGGCCCACGUGGCCCCUCUGGGGCCCCAGGGUGCCCGUCGGCAUUUUUGAGGUGAUGAUGUCACGGCCUUCACUCUGAUGUCACGUUGAGCAUAUGACGUGUACCAGCUCCCAAGCCCAGGUGCCAGGGCCCUCUGGCCGAAACAGCGAGGUUUCUUUUGGUGAAGACACUUGUGCACGUCCCAGGGCUGUGAUUAGGGGUCUUGAGGGGGUGCACCGCCCAGCUUAUCUGGGGACUCCCUCUCCUUUCUUCUUGCUUCUCUCCUUCCUCCCUUAUUAAGCAAGGUCCUCAGGGUCGGGGAAAGGGGCGGGAACGCCUGGGGUGGCCCCGGCCCCGCCCCCGCCCCGCCCCCAGCCCUUAGGGCCAGGAAGCGCGGAAAGAACCGCCGGGGGCCAUGGACGGGUCGGUGAUGGAAGGGCCGCUCUUUUUGCAGAGUCAGCGUUUCGGUACCAAGAGAUGGAGGAAGACCUGGGCCGUGCUCUACCCAGCCAGCCCCCACGGCGUCGCGCGCCUCGAGUUCUUUGACCACAAAGGGUCGGGCUCCGGAGCGGGCCGAGGGGGCUCGCGCCGCCUGGACUGCAAAGUGAUCCGUUUGGCCGAGUGUGUGAGCGUGGCGCCUGUGACCGUGGAGAGUCCCCCUGAGCCUGGCGCCAUCGCCUUCCGCCUGGACACUGCACAGCGCUCCCACCUGCUGGCGGCCGACGCGGCGUCCAGCGCCGCCUGGGUGCAAACGCUGUGCCUCAACGCCUUUCCGAAAGGCAGCUGGGCUCUGGCGCCUGCCGAGAACCCACCCAAGCUUUCUGCCCUGGAGAUGCUGGAGAACUCGCUGUAUAGCCCCACCUGGGAAGGAUCCCAGUUCUGGGUAACUGUGCAGAGGACCGAAGCCGCUGAACGUUGUGGCCUGCAAGGCUCCUAUGUGCUGAGAGUAGAGACCGAGAGGCUGACUCUUCUGACCGUCGGAGCUCAGAGUCAGAUACUGGAGCCACUCCUCUCCUGGCCCUACACUCUGUUGCGACGCUACGGAAGGGAUAAGGUUAUGUUUUCCUUUGAGGCUGGCCGCCGCUGCCCCUCCGGCCCUGGAACCUUCACUUUCCAGACGGCACAAGGAAAUGACAUAUUUCAGGCAGUUGAGACUGCUAUCCAGCUGCAGAAGGCCCAGGGCAAGGCUGGUCAGGGGCAGGAUGUUCUCAGAGCUGAUUCCCAUGAAGAAGUGGCAGAAGGGAAGCCGGCUUCCCUUCCUGGCGCCCAGGAGCUCCCCAGCAACCCUCCGGCCCUGUAUGCGGAGCCCUUAGACUCCUUGCGCAUUCCUCCAGGUCCUUCCCGGGAUUCCCUAUAUUCAGACCCCCUGGACAGCACCCCUGCUCAGGCAGGGGAGGGGGCACAGACGAAGAAAGCUCUCUACUGGGACUUGUAUGAGCAUGUGCAGCAGCAGUUACUGAAGGCCAAGCUGACAGACUCCAAAGAGGACCCCAUCUACGAUGAACCUGAAGGCCUGGCCCCAGCCGCUCUCCGGGGCCUUUAUGAUCUGCCUCAGGAGCCCAAGGAUGCGUGGUGGUGCCAGGCUCGGGCGAAGGAGGAGGGCUAUGAACUGCCCUACAACCCCGCCACUGAUGACUAUGCCGUGCCACCCCCUCGGAGCACAAAGCCUGUCCCUGCUCCCAAGCCCCAGGGACUGGCCUUCCCUGAAUCUGGUGCCGCACCUGGCAGUGGCGGCAAAGGCCACAGCUCAGACACUGCCCUGUACAGCCAAGUCCAGAAGAGCAGGGCUUCAGGGAGCUGGGACUGUGGGCUCUCCAAAACAGGGACCGACUGGACUGGGGUCAAAUCAGAGGGCUCCACAUGAGUAGGGCAAGGCUGGGGUUGCUGAUAGGAGGACUACGGGGAGGUGGCACUGGGGAUCAAAGAAACCUGUCAGAACCAGCGGGCUGGAGGGGCCUGUGUGACUAGGGGAACAGACAGAUCAGGGGAGUCAAGGGAAAGAUCAAUCCCCAGAAGUUCUAGAAGUGGGACAGAUGGCAGGGGCUCAAGGGAUGAGACCUGGGGGGAGGCCAGCAUCCCUACGUCAUUCUUCCAAAAGGAAUGGACAGCUGCUGGACCAGGUCUAUGGAAAGAGUGCUUGGUCAGAGUAGGAACAGCUGGAGAGGCCAACUUGGAGGCUGUAGGGAGAUGCUGGACUGUGCCUGGAUCCUUUCCCCUGCAUUGUUCUUUGCCAGAGAUAUAUUUUUAAAAAGUUUUAUUCUCAUUAAAGUCAGUUUGGGUUUAA